UUGACUCUCUCUCCCAGGGUUAUGCAGUGGAUGAUGGACUCUGAACGUCAGCAGGAACCUGGCAUCGGCCACCUGGAGGUAGACAAGGGAUCAUCACACAAGAACGCACGUCAUCGCCUCAACCAAUCAGCUGGUGCCUCAUUGCAAACACACAAACAAAGUUCCAAGAAGGUUGGGCACGGAACAAGUCGGUCUGCUUCUGUUGAAAGAAGCUCUCUGCUGUCAUGGACUCCGAUUGGCCAGUCUGCACAGAUCUUGCCCAAUCAACCAUUUGCGCAGGACUCAUCCAUGCCACUUCCCCCACCCCCGAACCCAACUACUCAGCUGGAAGAGGCUCGUCGCCGGUUAGAGGACCAAUCACGGACAUCUGCCAUGGCAGGCAGUGGCAAACGCGCAGAGGGCACAGUUCGAUCUUCUUCUGCAGGCCCAGUCAAAUCAAAAUCUUUCGCUGGAGUCACGUCCCGAGACAAGAGCAAAGUUGUCGUAUCCCAGAGUGCAUCCCAGAUGCGCACUAUGCCUUCUGCCAAAACUGUUCCCAGUGACUUGGACAUCUCAGGAGGGAGCCAGACUUUCGAGAGACCAAAGACCUACAGGAAACCCCCGCCUGCACCUAACACAAGUAUGAACACUAGUACCUCCGCAGCUUCGUCCAGCGAGACAAUUGUGGGCAUCUACUUCGGGCAGGAGCCUAUUCCGUACCGCCACGUGUUUCCGGGUCGAUGCAUUACACUUGCACAGUUCAAGACUCUUAUCACAAAGAAGGGAAAUUUCAAAUACUACUUCAAACGUGACAGUGAUGAGUUUGGAGAAGGUGCUGUUUUCGAAGAAAUUGGUGACGAUAAUGCAGUGUUGCCGAUGUGGCAGGAUAAAAUUGUGGCCAAAGUGGAGAAGAUCGACUAACUUCCAAGCUAAAAUGUUGUCAUGACGUUACGGGCGACGUGGCUUGGUAACAAUCAAAUGGCAAACACGAAGCAAUCUCCGUAGUUUCUUUGGAAAAAGUUGUAUUCUUUCGUUCAGGGAAUUACUUAAAGAGUACCACUCAAAGAGACGGUGAUAGUCUGCUUCAAUCAAGGUCCACAGUCAUGGCAAAUGCUUUAAACUAUGUGACUUUGGCAUCUUUUGCAACGUCACUGUGACCUCGACAACGUCACUGUGACAUCUUCAACUACAACCAAAGACCAUGCACUGACUGUGAUUUCGCAAGCUGUAUGCUUCUUUGAACAAUGAAAGCACUAAAUGGCAGAACAAACUCUGGAAUGUCCAAAGAUCAUGUGAUACAGAGAGAAUAUUUGUUUUGGUAGCACUGACAUCUGUUAUCUCCAAGAUAACCGAUUUUGGAGUGGUUAGAUUUGAAGAUGCUUUCUUUAUAUUGUGCAUGAGAAAGGUAACUUUGGCAGUGCUAUGAGAAACCAUGGACUGCCAAGAGAAAUGUGUGCUCAAAGAUUUGGUGAGAACAUUGCAGGCUUGAGAAAGACAAAUCUGAACACGUGAAGAAACUGAAGCAUUCACUUUACAGAACAGAGCUGUUCACUGUCUAUGGGCCCACAAGGUCUAAUUAACUACGAGUUAUGAUGUAAUAUAUGUACAUAGUUGUCCAAUAUUUGAAGAUUAUCUUAUUGACUCAGGGGCUGCUCAUCGAAAGUGAGCUAUUCUUUUCUGUUUUAUUGUCAAACCUACCACCCCCCUCUAUGGUUUGAACGUGGCCUCAGUGUAGAGCCCUUUAGUUGAGAAUGGUCAGCGAGGUUUUACCCACACACAGUGGUGUUUUAGCAUGUUUAUAUUACUGAAGACAAGAUAGUUGUACACUUAUUUGUGGUGAAUUAUUUAAACGGCUUAGCCAUGACAUCUUGUUGUCAGAGUAUUGUUUGUUGUAAUGUAUUUUUGUUGGCCAAUUUCAUCAUGACCCUAAACUAAACAUACACAUACCAAUUUACGUUUUUAAUCAAAAUUAGUAUCAGGGUUUUUAAUUCAAUUGCCAUUACUGAAUGCUUGCAUUUUAAACAAAUUAAAGCGUAGAAUCAAAUGUAUUUUUUGAUGUAUAAUUCAUUUUUGGCAUUUCACAUAGCGAGGUUCAUUCAUAUGCUGUAAGUGUUUUAAACUUUUGAUAAUACUCAUCCCAUCAUUCUAGUCUCCCUACCUACAUCAUUGGUUGGUUUCAACCGCAACAAAGCAUUGGGCCAGUUUAAGUCAGAGAGUAGGGUGUGCAGGUAGUUGCUAUGGCAUUAUGUGCAGUAUGUGUGAACGGGUGUAACUGUCAUGCUGUCACAGGGUACAAGCCUUACGUACAAUUCAUUUAUAAAACAUAUCAAAUGUUCAAAUGUAAAUUGAAAACUUGUACUGUAUCCUUGUCAGACUUGCAAGCAAGACAAUUGACCUUGACAUCGAUUCCCAAGGUCAGCAAGACAUGUUCAGAUGGAGUUGUUGGGGGGGUGGGGGGAGGGGGAUUCUGAAUGACCUGGUUGUAUGAGGGAGUACCCUCAUUGUGUACAUGAUGAGAAGCAUAGGGUAUGUAACAUAAUCAACUUUUAAUGAAUUCUGUGCUGAAAGACUCGUAUAUUGGUCAGGAACCUGUCAGGCCACCAAUAAAAUUGACUUUCAAAGUU